ACAAUUGCAUCGAACCGGCACCGUUGCACAAGUCGUUUCCAAAGAUGGCCUCCAAGGGAAGGAUGGAAGAUUACGGUCGUGCGGAUUCGUACCGGACGGCUACCACAGCCACCUUACCCGACGACUGUCUUCGUGCCGAUGGUGUUGCCAAGUAUCGGCGAAAGGAUGCGGCGCCUAGCGCUGGCAAGAAGGCGGCCAAGAAGGGCCAGAAAGACCUGAACGAGUUGAAGCAAGAGUUGGACAUUGACGACCACAAGAUCCCCAUCGAGGAGCUCUACCAACGACUGGGCACCAAUCCCGAAACGGGCUUGACUGUAGCGCAAGCCAAGGCCAUUUUCGAACGCGACGGCCCCAACGCCCUGACGCCGCCCAAAACGACGCCGGAAUGGGUGAAAUUCUGCAAGAACCUUUUCGGCGGAUUCUCCAUGCUGCUCUGGGUCGGCGCCAUCCUCUGCUUCGUCGCCUACUCGAUCGAAGUCAGCACCGAAGAGGACGUGCUCGGCGACAACUUGUACUUGGGCAUCGUGUUGACGGCCGUCGUCGUCGUCACGGGCGUCUUCUCGUACUACCAGGAGAGCAAGAGCAACAAGAUCAUGGAGUCGUUCAAGAACAUGGUGCCGCAGUACGCCGUGGUGGUGCGCGAGGGCCUUAAGCAAACGAUGAAGGCCGAGGAGAUCUGCAUCGGCGACAUCGUCGAGGUGAAAUUCGGCGACCGCAUCCCGGCCGACGUCCGCAUCAUCGAGGCUCGCAUGUUCAAGGUGGACAACUCGUCGCUGACGGGCGAGUCGGAGCCGCAGAGCCGCAACUCCGAGUUCACCAACGAGAAUCCGCUCGAGACCAAGAACUUGGCUUUCUUCUCCACCAACGCCGUCGAAGGAACCGCUCGCGCUAUCGUCAUUAGCAUCGGUGACAACACGGUGAUGGGUCGCAUCGCCGGAUUGGCUUCCGGACUCGACACUGGAGAGACGCCCAUUGCCCGCGAGAUUGCCCACUUUAUCCACCUCAUCACGGGCGUGGCCGUUUUCCUCGGUGUUACCUUCUUCAUCAUCGCCCUGGCUCUCGGCUACCAGUGGCUCGACGCCGUCAUCUUCUUGAUCGGUAUCAUUGUGGCCAACGUGCCCGAAGGUCUCCUCGCCACUGUCACCGUUUGCCUGACGCUGACGGCCAAGCGCAUGGCCAAGAAGAACUGCCUUGUCAAGAACUUGGAGGCUGUCGAAACCCUCGGUUCAACCUCAACCAUCUGCUCAGACAAGACUGGAACCUUGACCCAAAACCGGAUGACUGUUGCUCAUAUGUGGUUCGACGGACAAAUCAUCGAGGCCGACACGACUGAAGACCAGUCUGGAGCCCAAUACGACAAGACGAGCGUCGGCUGGAAGGCCCUGUCCCGCGUUGCCGGACUUUGCAGUCGAGCCGAAUUCAAGCCCGGCCAGGAUAACAUCCCGAUUUUGAAGCGCGAAGUGAACGGCGACGCGUCUGAAGCCGCUUUGCUCAAGUGCAUUGAGCUGGCGACGGGCGAGGCGAUGGCCAUCCGCGCCCGCAACAAGAAGGUCUGCGAAGUCCCUUUCAACUCUACCAACAAGUACCAAGUGUCGCUCCACGAGAACGAGGACAAGAACGACGGCCGUUACUUCCUGGCCAUGAAGGGAGCGCCCGAACGGAUCCUCGACGUCUGCUCGACCAUCUUCAUCAACGGGGUGGAGAAGCCACUCGACAACGAGAUGAAAGACGCUUUCAACAUGGCCUACAUGGAGCUGGGCGGUCUCGGCGAGCGAGUCCUCGGCUUUUGCGACACCUACCUGCCGCUGGACAAGUACCCCAAGGGCUACUCUUUCAACGCCGACGACCCCAACUUCCCCUUGACUGGACUCCGUUUCGUUGGUCUCAUGUCGAUGAUCGAUCCUCCCCGCGCUGCUGUCCCCGACGCCGUCGCCAAGUGCCGUUCUGCUGGUAUCAAAGUUAUCAUGGUGACCGGAGACCACCCCAUCACUGCCAAAGCCAUCGCCAAAUCCGUCGGCAUUAUCUCUGAGGGCAACGAAACAGUGGAGGACAUGGCUCAGCGGCUCAACAUCCCCGUCGAAGAGGUAGACAAGCGUCUGGCCAAGGCGGCCGUCGUUCACGGCGGCGAGCUCCGUGACAUGAACAGCGACGACUUGGACGACGUACUACGCUACCACACUGAGAUCGUCUUUGCCCGCACGUCGCCCCAACAAAAGCUCAUCAUUGUCGAGGGUUGCCAACGGCUCGGAGCCAUCGUCGCCGUAACGGGAGAUGGUGUCAACGACUCGCCCGCUUUGAAGAAAGCCGAUAUCGGUGUUGCCAUGGGUAUCGCCGGCUCCGAUGUCUCGAAACAGGCCGCCGACAUGAUUUUGCUCGACGACAACUUUGCCUCGAUCGUUACCGGUGUCGAAGAGGGUCGUCUGAUUUUUGACAAUUUGAAGAAAUCCAUCGCCUACACUUUGACGUCCAACAUCCCGGAGAUUUCGCCCUUCUUGCUCUUCAUCAUCGCCGACAUCCCUCUGCCGCUCGGCACCGUCACCAUCUUGUGUAUCGAUCUUGGUACCGACAUGGUACCGGCCAUCUCUUUGGCUUACGAAUCAGCCGAGAAUGACAUCAUGAAGCGGCCGCCGCGUAACCCCGUCAAGGAUAAAUUAGUCAAUGAAAGGCUGAUUUCCAUGGCCUACGGUCAGAUUGGUAUGAUCCAAGCGUCUGCCGGCUUCUUCGUCUACUUUGUCAUUAUGGCCGAAAACGGAUUCCGACCCGACAAGUUAUUCGGCAUCCGCAAGAACUGGGACUCGCGUGCCGUCAAUGAUCUCCAAGAUUCUUACGGACAAGAAUGGACUUACGAUGCUCGUAAACAGUUGGAGUACACCUGCCACACGGCGUUUUUCGUAUCCAUCGUUGUAGUGCAAUGGGCUGAUUUGAUUAUUUGCAAAACUAGACGCAACUCGAUCCUCCACCAGGGCAUGCGCAAUCACGUCAUGAACUUUGGUCUCCUCUUCGAGACGGCCAUGGCGGCCUUCCUUUCCUACACGCCCGGCAUGGACAAGGGUCUUCGCAUGUACCCGUUGAAGAUCAAUUGGUGGCUGCCGGCCAUUCCUUUCUCCAUAUUGAUCUUCGUCUACGACGAGUGCCGUAAAUUCAUCUUGCGUCGCAACCCGGGCGGAUGGGUCGAAAGAGAGACCUACUAUUAAGGAAAAAAAGCCAGAAAGAAGAAAGCGAAACAAAAAUGACAUGCAAGAAAAAGAGCAGCAACAUUCGACCAUCAUUACGAGCAAGAUCAAUCAGAAGAACCGGAAAAAAAAAAAACUUACUGCGUUGCGACCUGCCAAUUCAUUUAAUUUAGCAAAAAAAAAAAAAGCAAACAAGGAUAAUUGAAGGAUCCCUCCACCUACCCCCUACUACCCCCUGUUUGAAUCUCUAACGAAAGUUUUUUUUUUUUUUCCUCCCUUUUUUUUUUUUCUUCAAGAAACAAAUCAAGGGUCAAAAUCGUUAUGACACAUUUUUCACACACACACCACACAUUCACACACGUGCGGAGGAAGCUUUAAAACAAAAGCAAACAACAAAAAAAAAGGGUUAAUUUAACAAUACUUUGCAUUUUUUUUUUUUUUUUUUCAUUGACACAGUCGUCUUCUGACGAUCGCUCGGGACUCAUCACAGUGCAAUUUCGGGACUGGUCCUACACGAUGGUCAUUUUUUUUUUCUUCCCUGCCCUCACCACCCGAAUCUCUGAAAUCCUUUUUGCAGGUAGAUAACAAAGAAGACAAGCAAACGAAAGGGGACAAAAAAAAACAAACAAACAAACAAAUAAGAAAAAUAAUCAUGACGCCAAUCUUUUGAGUGUGUACAGAGGGACGUACUUGCGUUGUUGGUUGUUGUUUUUUUUGUUUUUUUUUUAAUUAACGAUCAUGUUUUUGUUGUGUGUAUGUUUUCUAUGGCUUUUCGAUCUUUCUUUCUGUCCUUAUCGAGGGAAGAAAACCCCCAAAAAUUUCGAAUCUCCCGCUGUCCACUGAAAAAAAAAACCAUCUUUGAAAAAAGGUACCCGAUGACCUCAACGUCUCACCGAAUCUCGGUCGUUUAUCUCUCCGUUCGUUUUUCUUUUGGACGAA